ACCUCGUGAUCCACCUGUCUCGGCCUCCCAAAGUGCUGGGAUUACAGGCUUGAGCCACCACGCCCGGCCUUGGUUUCUUCUUUAUGCUUAUCAACAAAGCAAAUGGACUUUGUGCUUUGCAUGAAAAUAAUCUGAAAGUUUCCUUGAGUUUUAUACUACUAUAUUUAAGUAAAUGCUAACUAUGGCUGAUGUGAAAUGUAUCAACAGAGAGUGAAUAUAAUGGGGUAUUAUAGUGAAUGGUAACUUUAAAGAAAAUAAAGUGAUUUUUCAUGCAAAUCAUCAAUCUUACAUUUCAACUUUUCAAAAUGUAUGUCGACAAAUUUAUUUCAUUGCUUUGCCCCUGAAAAUGCCUGUGAAUGAUCUCAUAAUCCCUGAGGACCAUCUUUCGAAGAUUCUGAGAGAAAACAAGAAGGGCUAGGACUGAGCCAUGAGGAGCUCUAAAAGUUACAAGCUGAGGAGAAGUCAAAGUGAAAGGAGACUGAGAAUUUAUGGUCAGAAAAAUAAGAUGAUCUGAAGAGUGUCAUGUCAUAGAAACCAAGAGAAGAGUGAUUCAGGACAGAGGACAAACUGUGAAAUGUUACCGUGAGAUAGGUAAGAUGAGGACUGAAAAGAGCAUAGGAUUUAGUAAUGUGAAGUUCAUUAGACAUCCUAGGAAGUAUCUUUUGUUUGUUUUUAAGUGAUGAUGGGUGGGAAAGGUUGGAUCAGCUAGAAAAGUUAAAUUGGAGUGAGUGAUAGCAUAGAAAGUGAAGAAAUAAGCAUAUUAUGUAGACAAAUAAUUACAGUUAAUAAGCCACCAAAGGAGACAAGAUGAAAUCCUAAAAGCACUCAAUCUGAAAGAAGAUAGAAAAAGAAGAAAAACAGAACAAAGAACAGGUGGGACCAAAAAAGAAAGAAAGAAAGAAAGAAAAAAAAAAAGCAAAUAACAAGAUGGUAAACUUAAAGCUAACCAUAUCAAUAAUCAUACUACAUAUAAAUAGACCAAACACUCCAAUUGAAAGACAUAGAUUUUCAGACUGGAUUAAAAAAAAAAAACAAGACCCAAGUAUAAGUUGUCUGUAAGAAAUACACUUUGAUAUAAAGACAUGAAUAGAAUAAAACUGAAUAGAGAAAGAUACACAGUGCUAACACUAAUGAAGAGAAAGUGUGAAUGGUUUAUUAUUGUUAAGGUAGAUUUCAGAGAUAGUGAUAUUAUCAAGGAUAAAGAAUGAUAAAGAGAUCAGUUAACCAGAAACAAUCCUGGAUAUUUUAGACAUCUCAUAUUAGAGCUUUAAAAUGCAUGAAACAAAAUCAGUAGAAUAGCAAUAAGAAAUAGAUACCCAAUUAUACUGGAGAUUUCAGUAGUUUUCUCCAAAUAAUUAAUAGAAUAAGUAUAUUGAAAAUGAGCAACAGUAUAAAAAACUUUAACACCAUUAUCAACUAACUUGAUCUGCUUGGCAUUUAUAGAACAGUUCACCCAUCAGCAGCUGAAAUACAUGGGUUUUCUUUUUUUCCAACUACAUAGAGAAUGUGUAAAAAGAUACACCAUAUUCUGGCCCAUAAAACAUAUCUCAGUACAUUUGAAAGAAUUGAAGUCAUGCAAGAUGUACUUUCUGACCUAAAUGGAGUUAAGUUAGAAACCAGUAACAGAAACAUCUGUAAAAUUCCCAAGCAUUUGGUAAAUAAAUAACACUUAAAGGUAACCCAUGGGUUAAAGAAAUGAAAAGAGAAAAUAGAAAAGUAUGAAAAUAGAAAAGUAGAAAGUAUGAAAACACAACAUAUCAAAUUUGUAGAUGGUGCCAAAGCAGUACUUAGAGGGAAAUUUGUAGCUAAAUUAAUGGCUGUAUUGGAAAAGAAGAAGUAUUACAAAUCAAUAAUCACAGCUUUCUAAGAAACUGGAAAAAGAAGAGGAAGUUAAACAGGAGCAAAGAAAGAAAGGUUAGAGUGGAAAUCACUACAACAGAAAACAACAGUGAAAAUCAGUGAAACCGAAAGCUAAUUCUUUGAGAACAUCAAUUAAUAAGUUUCUAGCCCAACAGAUCAGGAGAAAAAGACACAAAUUACCAAUAUUAAGAAUGAGAGAGGUGACAUCACUACAUAUUCUAAAGACAUUUAAAGGAUAAUAAAGGAAUGUUAUGGACAACUUUAUAUCAAGAAGUAUGACAACUUAGAUCAAAUGGACAUAUUACUAGAGAGACAUAAACUACUAAAGCUCACUGAAGAAACAGAUAACACAAAUAGUCUAACAUCUGUUAAAGAAUUUGAAUUUGCAGGAAAAUUAUUCUAAAAGAAAAUUCUAGGUCCAGAUGGUUUCAGUGGUGAAUUCUACCAAAUAUUUAAGGAAGAAAUAAUACUAAUUAACACAAUUUUAGAAAAUUGAAGAGGAGGUAAUACUUAACAGUUCAUUUCAUGAGGCUGUCAUACCUUUAUUUCAAAACCCUUCAUAGAAAACUACAGACCAAUAUCCUGCAUGAACAUACGUGCACAAUUUUAAACAGAAUUUCAGCAACUGAAAUCUAACGUAUAUAAAAGGAUUAAUACAUCAUGACCUACUGGUGUUUAUUCCAAGAAUGCAAGGUUGGUUUAAUAUUUGAAUAGCAAUCAAUGUAAUUCACCAGGUAAACAAACUAAAAUGAAAAACUAUAUGGUGAUUCCAGUACCUGCAGAAAAAGCCUUUGACAAAAUCGAAUAUCGACUCCUGAAUAAAAUUCUCAGCAACCUAGGAAUAGAAAGGAACUUGCUCAGCCUGACGAAAUGUGUGUGGAAGGGGGUUAACUCAGCAGGCUGGGGUUGUUCAAACCUUGCCCAUUCUUAAGCUUGUUUCCAUGACUGUCCUUUGUUCACCUCCAGGGAACUAAGCUCUUGAAAUUUUUUGUCUUAAUAGUGUAUUUGCAUGCCUGAGUCCUUGAGCCUUGCUAUACCAGUUUGUCCAGAUUAUUUAUGCUAGCAAUGCAGUUUAUGGUGAAGACCUGCUUUCCCUCUGGGAAUCUGGAACUUCAGUAACAGGAGAUGUUUCACAAAGCAGAAGAAUUCUUUUCUAAAACAACAAACAAUGAAGUGGAUGACAUGGACACAUCAGAUACCCAGUGGGGCUGGUUUUACUUGGCAGAAUGUGGGAAGUGGCACAUGUUUCAGCCGGAUACCAACAGUCAGUGUUCAGUUAGCAGUGAAGAUAUCGAAAAAAGCUUCAAAACAAACCCUUGUGGCUCCAUUUCUUUUACUACUUCCAAAUUCAGCUACAAGAUAGACUUUGCAGAAAUGAAGCAAAUGAAUCUCACCACUGGAAAGCAGCGCUUAAUAAAAAGAGCCCCCUUUUCUAUCAGUGCUUUCAGUUACAUCUGUGAAAAUGAGGCCAUCCCUAUGCCACCACACUGGGAGAAUGUGAAUACUCAAGUACCAUAUCAGCUUAUUCCUCUGCACAAUCAAACACAUGAAUAUAAUGAAGUUGCUAAUCUCUUUGGGAAAACGAUGGAUCGCAACCGAAUUAAAAGAAUUCAGAGAAUUCAAAACCUAGAUUUGUGGGAAUUCUUUUGCAGGAAAAAGGCUCAGCUCAAGAAAAAAAGAGGUGUGCUUCAGAUUAAUGAACAAAUGCUAUUUCAUGGUACCAGCAGUGAAUUUGUAGAAGCAAUCUGCAUUCAUAACUUUGAUUGGAGAAUAAAUGGUAUACAUGGUGCUGUCUUUGGAAAAGGAACCUAUUUUGCUAGAGAUGCUGCUUAUUCCAGUCGUUUCUGCAAAGAUGACAUAAAGCAUGGAAACACAUUCCAAAUUCAUGGUGUCAGCUUGCAACAGCGGCAUCUGUUUAGAACAUAUAAAUCUAUGUUUCUUGCUCGAGUGCUAAUUGGAGAUUACAUAAACGGAGACUCCAAAUACAUGCGACCUCCUUCCAAAGACGGGAGCUAUGUGAAUUUAUAUGACAGCUGUGUGGAUGAUACCUGGAACCCAAAGAUCUUUGUGGUUUUUGAUGCCAACCAAAUCUAUCCUGAGUACUUGAUAGACUUUCAUUGAUUUCACUUCCAAAUCUCAGUGGUCAAGGAAGCUUUAUUCUUUUUUGCAGGAAGAUUUGCUCUUCAGCCAUCUAGCCACUAAAUGUUAAUUAUCUGAUACUUUUGAAACAGAUAUGAAAAACAAGUGGCCUCCAUAUAAAAAGACAUACUGACUUUAAGGUUGGUUUUUGUUGUUUUGUUUUUGCCUGUUUCUUGUAGUCUUGUUUGUUAAAAAUUAAUAUCAUUGAUGUUUUAAUACGUAGGGGUGAAAGAUACCAUUCAAAAUGGAAUCAGCUGAGUCUCAACUAAUGUGGUCAUUGAGAUCUUUAAGGUUUACAUGUGUGUUAUCAGGAUAAAUGAUUUUAGUUUAAAUGGACUUAUUCGUAUAAAUGUUGAAAAAAAUAUAUAGACAUAAAUGUGUCCCUUUAGAGGAAUUGAUCCUUUGUAAAUUGAAUUCAGGUAGUAGUAUCAUCCACCAAUCCAUUCGUUACUUUGUUGGUCUUCUGAAGGGGGGAUUUGAAACUCUGAAACAGCCUGAGCACCUUGAGAGAAAUCAGAAACAAGGCAAUUAUUUGCAGUGCUGUCAUUACAAGUCAGAAGCAGAAAAUCAAGGUAGAGUGUCCUGCUUUCCAGUUGCCUCAGGAUAGCAGACUGCAGCCUUAGACUUGCUCCUGUCAUUCUCCUCUAUCUCCUACAUCUGAAUUGAUCAUUGCUGCAAAAUAUCAUUAGCCUACACUUCAUCCAUCAGGGUUCUUGGAUUCUUAGACCACGACUUGGUGUGCAAGGUGUUUAUUGCAUCUUCAAAGUGAAACUUUAAAUUAUUAUUCAAACAUUUAUUUUCCUUUUGUUUUCAAAAGAAUCCCUACAGUGAUCACUUCUAAGAUUUUUUUUUUACCUUCCCCUCUGCAGCACACACAGCUAUUCAACAAUGAUUUCUAAAAUUAAUAUUUCAAAUUUAUAUCUCUCCAUUUUGAAACAUUAUAGAAAGCAUGGGAUGCUUGAGGCAAAUCUGGUUUCUCCUUUGAAGUAGCUAUUGACAGCCUACUCUCUUGAAAAGUUAGAUGUAAUUCUUAAUCAUGUUUAGUGGAAAUUUGUUUAUCUGUUCCAUCUGUUUUGCUGUUCCAUUGUAAGGAAGAUGAGAAGUGUUGGGACAGCUUCCUUCCCCUAAAGAUUUUCUAGCAGAGGCGAGACAGCAGUUUGGCAGGCAUGUUGUAUAGGAGUUAAGUACCAGAUGGGGAAUUGCCCAUGUGAUGGUUAAGAGUCUCUCACAUUGAUUUCCUUUCUUUUCUCCUCUUCUCUCCUCUUCCUCUCCUCUUCCUCGUCUUUUCCUCUUCUCUUCUCCUUUUCUCUUCUUUUCCCCUUCUCUUCCCCUUCUUUUCCCCUUCCCCUUCUCUUCCUCUUCUCUUCCCCUUCUCUUCCUCUUCUCUUUCUCUUCUCUUCUCCUUUUCUCUUCUCUUCCCCUUCUCUUCCUCUCUCCUCUCCUCUCCUCUCCUCUCCUCUGUUUCCCUCCCUCGUUCCCUUCCUUCCCUCCCUCCCUCCUUCCUUUUUCUUUUUUUUCUUUUUGGUAGAGUCUUGCUGUAUUGCCCAGGCUGCAGUGCAGUGGUGCAAUCUCAGCUCACCGCAACCCCCACCUCCCGAGUUCAAGCAAUUCUCCUGCCUCAGCUUCCCCAGUUACUGGUACUACAGGUGCAUACCACUAUGCCCAGCUAAUUUUUGUAUUUUUAGUAGAGACGGGGUUUUGUCAUGUUGGCCAGGCUGACCUUGAACUCCUGACCUCAGGUGAUCUGCCUGCCUCAGCCUCCCAAAGUGCUGAGAUUACAGGCAUGAGCCACUGUGCCCAGCCUGAUUCUCUAUGAUUCUACCUUUAAAAGACAGCACAUCUACCAAGCCUUUUUCAGAAAGCUUUUCUCUUAACUCUUUCUAAUACUGAAUUUUCUCUCUAUUAUCCUUACCCACUUCUGGCUGACAAUUAGUGAACACAAUUUAACUUCUUAAAAAAAUCCCGGUGUCUAUGCUUAUAUUGCUCACUUAAAUCAUUUGAAUUACAAAGGCAUCUACAAAUAAUAAAAGUAAUGAGUGUAGACAGAUUAGGGAUCGUAAUUCUUCAAGUGCCAUCCAUCCCAGAUUUCCAUUAUAGCCCAGCAUGUGUGUAAUUGUGCAGUGGGAGGUAAGUAGUACCCAGGACAUUGCAUGUACAAUACUUUGAAACAAAGUGGCAACAGAGAUUUCCUGACUCAGGUAUGUAACCCAGCUGCUGGUUUAGAUGAAGUGCUGAGAAUAUUUAGAAAAAGCACUUUAAAAAGCAUCCAGAGAUUAUCAUGAAAAUAAUUGGAGGCAAAGUCACUAGGCUGCCUUGUGAGAGGCAGCACACCAUGGUUGUAAACCCGUUCACAAAAAACAAUGUUAGAGACAUUAGGAAUUCAGAUUUUGAAAAUCUUUUUUUCUAUUUAUUUGUUAUUUACAUACCAAAAAACCACAUUAAAAUAGUCCUCCCUUCAACAUGGCUAUCUUUUUUCAAGUUGUAUAUGCAUACCUCUCUCAGCACUUAAAUGGAAUAACUGUUGCAGCAUUUGGGGGUUGUUUUUCUUUUAGACAUUUGCAGAUCUUAUCUCCGGGUGACUGGGGGCCCAGAGUUAAGUAUUUGUUAGGCAAUCUCUGCGAACUGUGACCUUACCUAGUUGGCUUAUAUGAAAUAUGUAGAAUGCGCUGCAGUAGCCAUUGUAAGAAAGUACUGUACUGGUUUUUUGGGGCUUGUUGUUGUUGUUUGGUCUGAGAAUGUACUGCCAACCCAUCUUUUAUAAGAGAGAACUGAUUUUGAUACAUAUUUUAAAAUAUGAUAGUAUAGAGUUAAUGGAUGUUAAAAUUUUAUUUCUUUGUUUUGGUAAGUAGAUUAAAUUGAGGAUCAUAUGAUCAGUACAUUUGAGAAUUAUAUGACCAGUAUAUAAUAAUACUGGACAUAACCAUUUGCUGUCUUUUCCUGUUAUCAUCACAUAGAGUGGGUGGGAAGAAUGAAUAGAAAUCACUCUAAAAUAAUGAAAAAUGGUUUUUAAAACUCUAUAUUGAUACAUUCCAGCUGAAAAUGACUUUUCUUUUUCACUUUGGUGAUAUCAGCCUCAGGGUAAAAAAAAAAAUGUGUUUAUAAAAAACAGUUUCAUAAAUCUUUUAGUUAUAAACAGAAAAGUUUUAUAUCAGUGUGUCAUUUCAUUUCUAGACUGUUGAUGGUGAUGAUAAUAAAGAAUUUGGAGCCAAUUUUGAUAUAUGAAUGUAUUGCUUUUACAUGUGAUGAUUAAAGCUCUCCAUUAGCAGUU